CAGCACUGCCUCUGUUGAUGCUCUCUUAUGGUCUGCGUCUGGUUGUGGUAAACAAAAUAUAAUGGAUGGGAUUUUUCAAAUUCAUUCUUAUUUGUUGUAGUAGUUGGAAAAAACGUGUCCUACAACUUCACUAGAAUCAAUAAUUCUUGGCAUCGACACUGAAGUCUCUCCAUCUAAUCCACCAUGGUCCUGAUGACUGUCGCCAUUAUGGGUUCUAUGGAAGAGGUUACCACUGACUCACCGGAAGUCGUUGCCAGCGGUAACAUCAUCGCGGAAGCCGUAUUGAACAUCAAAACAGUCAAGGCCUUAAGAGCAGAGGAGGCGUUCUUGGGAAAGUUUAACCAGAUGACGAAUGAAAUAGCGAAAAAUGAAAUUAAGGGGCGAAAUGAAAUAUCCACUAUCGUCUAACACCACCAUCACUUCUAUGAGACAGGGGGAGAGGUGUUCGUGUUCUUCUUCCUGUUGCAGUUACAGUCUUGCUUUUCUUUAGCAUGAGGAAGCGGAAAGGCAUAAGAACUAACAGAGUACUUACUAGUCUAGUAAGCGACGAACACGAACACCUACCAUCUUAUAGUUCAAUGAAUUUGAUUUGUUAUCGUUGUUCUUGGUAGCUACUAGUACCAAAGAACUCGUCCUACAUGCCAGCUGCUCUAACGAAAGUAAAAAGUCGAUGUGGGCAGGCUUGGCGUUUGGAUUUUCCAACGGAAUGAUGGGGGCGAUUUUCAUAGUGUCGUUCUGGUACGGUGCAGAGCUCGUGAAAGAAGAUGGACUUUCCCCAACGGAUAUGUUUAAUUAUGAAAGGAGGGACUGUGAUCAUGUUUGUGAUGCUGUGAUCGUGAUGAUGUUCUUUGUGUUGACUGUGUACUAGUUAACGACGUUCAAUGUGAUGUGUUUCUCUAUUGCAACUGAAAACAACCACUUAAUUAAAAGACGUUUUAACACCUCUUGUUAGGCACAUUCAUUCAUUCACUCAACGACGUUCAAUCACAAUAAGAUAUGACCUCAACAAUCUCAACUCCAAUUGCGAGUAGGACGAGCUGGAACAAGAAUUCUAGUAUUUGCGUUAUUCUAUCCUCUAAUCUCCAGCGGUGAUGUGUAUCUUUUUCGCCGGGAUGGCUGCUGGCCAAGCAGCUGCGUGCGUUCCGAACACGGCUCGGGCCGUAGCCGCUGCCCAUGACAUUUUCGCUUUAGUUGACCGAGUCCCUCUAGUAGACAAUACAGAUGAGGGGAAUGCGAAGAAGAUUGCUAUAGAUCAAGAUGGCGAGAAUAUUAAACAAGCUUCAUCUUUUGAGCAGAAGUUCCAGUCUGCUGAUUUUCAAGAUGUCGAGUUUGCGUAUCCACAACGCGCGUCAUUACCAAUACUUCGAAAAGUUGACCUAGAUUAAGGGUAGUUUUUCACUUCUAUCCUAUAAUGUGGACUGUGCUGAGUGGCGCUCCCGCUCUUGAUUUAAAGCAAAAAUAAGGGGGGGGGGGGCGCAGGGCAACCCACUCGAGUCGGGAUAGUGAAAAACUACCUCGAACUAGAACUACAACACGGACAAAGUUUGGCGCUUGCGGGACCUAGUGGAAGCGGGAAGUCAACAAUAUUGUCGCUUUUGCAGCGCUUUUACGAUCCGAGUUCAGGACAAGUAGAGUUGAAAAUGCUGGAUGAUGAGAACAAAGGAUUGGGGUCGUUAUGGUUUGGUAAUAUUAAGAUCGAGUAAAAAUGACCUGCGAACAUACAUGUUCAUGUACUUUGGUCGAACACCUCCUGCUGUGAUGAACAAUGUGAUCACUCUUCUCUAUCUUCUUGUUCGCCUCUAAUGAUUAUCUUCCUUAUGAUCUUAAUCGUUUUCGUCCUUAUAAUGAUUAUCCUACUUGUUGGAGUCUAAUCACUUCACAUCACCUCAAGGAUGUUAACCUUCGGCAAUGGCGCAACAAGAUUGGGUACGUUGGACAGGAACCAGUGUUGUUCAAUCUCUCAGCAAGAGAAAAUAUUUUCUACGGGAUCGAUGCUGAAAGCGAAAUGAAGAUGUUAUGGAUGUGGUAGGCGAGAAGGAGAACAAGUAGUUCAUUGAAAAAAUAUAGAUAUCAACCGGUUAGUUCUUUUUACCUCUACAGAGUCUAGCCCUUCCAACAAUAUAGAUAUGUGGGUGUGUUGUACCUUGCUUAAUCAAAAUGUUGGUACUACAAGAAGAACUAGCAAAAUCCAAAGAUUUAACUCCCCUCAACCUCUUCCUCUCCUUCCUCCUCUCCUUCCUACUUCAUACCAAGGCAACAAAGAGCAGCGGUUUAAGGACGUCGUCAGACAAGCACAUAUUGACUUUAUUGGUGGUCAGAACCAGCUCGGAUGGGACGAGCGAUUGGGGCCACGUGGCAGUAAGAUCUCAGGCGGACAGAAGCAGAGGAUUGCGAUAGGUAUGAAGAACAAAGUAAGUAUCUAUAAAAUGUGCUGCUCUCUUAAAAAGGCAGAGCGAUCAGCAUUUUCGUGAUAGCACUUGUGCGACUCCCUCUAAAACCUCGCGAGCCCUCAUGCGCGACCCCGCCAUCCUGAUGUUGGACGAGGCAACAUCCGCUUUAGACGCAGUGUCGGAACGCGAAGUCCAAAAAGCUUUGGAGGAUAUUACAACUGGUCCUACAACUACUGGAUCUGGUGCAGGUAGCAAGUUAUGAGACCAUGACCACUAUUUGUUAGAAUUGAAUACUUAUAAGGGAAUUUCUUGUUGAUCUACUCGAUGUAAGAGCAGUAAGUAAUCGAUGUAGUAAACAUCCGACACUAGCUCCAAGUCCACAACCGGCGUCCAUAAAAGAGCUACUGACUGAAAUAAGAGAGUCUUGACUACAUUCCUCUUCUUUCAGUAUCUCCCUUAUUUUCAAUAGUUACUUACAUGAUCAUGAACAAGAUAGAAGAGCAUGCUCUUGUUGAUGCUCUGACUUGGGAAACUUCUUCUCUGGACGACCACUGCUCUCGUUAAUACGUAAGAAUAGGAGUAGUUUCAAAAGUAGUCCAUUAGGAUUCACAUUCAUGCGGUUCUAAUUCCCACAACAACCGUGACAAUCGCGCAUCGGCUUUCCACAGUAGCAAACUGCGACAAAAUCAUCGUAAUGUGCGACGGUUCUGUCCUAGAGCAAGGCAGCCAUGAAGCGCUCUUAGCGAAAGAAGGCCUCUAUCACAAACUAGCGCGAAGCUCAGUAGGAGGGACGUGAGGUGGAGGGUUAGGGUGGAGGAAGACGGCGUGAGGUGGAGAAAUGUCGUUGAGAGGAAGAACGGCCUUUGCAGUUGAAUAUGCGUUUAGACGAUGUUCAUUUUUGGAGACAAGAAGGACUUCCAAUCAUCAUAGCAACCUUUUUCAGGUAUAUUCGCAUGGGUAAGUAAUUAUGGGCCCGGAGUGAAAAGACCAAUAAAGCCCCAUAAUUAGUUGGUUUUCAGCCUUUGUGCUACAAUAUUAGUAAUUAUUAGUGCAUGUGGAAGCACACAGUGCGGGACAAGGACCUCUGACAAAAUAAAACUUUUCUUAAAAAGAAGAACGGCCUUUGAAGUUGAAGGAUUUGUGAAGCAGUAAAGGGUUGAUAUUUUUAUUUUGAACCUGUUGAUGGUUCUGGUUGGAGAAAGGACAAGCGAAGGGAGUUGACAAGACGAGGUAAAAUUUGUAAAAUAUAAUGCAUUUCCAAAUGGUUUAUUGUCAUGGAGGUUCUCGUGUGAUCCGCGUUUUCGUUCCUGCAUUUGCGGAAAGCGGCAUCUCUGUGGUUCGUUCUUUCAUGGCGAGAACAAGAAUAAGUAAUUUAACUGAAAAUGUACAGUAUGUAACCGAACACAUGUGCGCUAGAUGAAGCACAUCGAAGGAGCUGCUUCACAAUUUGAAGUGGGUUAUGGAAUGUUGAUCUAGAAGGCCUUCUACACUUACAGCACGACUACAUUUGCUUCAUGAUCUUGUUGUUCGUGUGAUGCAGCAUUUAAAUUUAAUGAACUUCCUGAUACAUCUUACUGCUUCUACUUACACUUCUUAGUCAUUUCGCUUUCCGAAAUACCCACAGAAUGAACAUUUCUGGACUUUUCGUCAUGAUAAUUCUAAUUUUGCUGCUGAGUGACUAUGAUGUUGAUAAACCGCCCACAUCAAUCAUGGAUGUAUGCUUUUAAUUUGAUCGUCAUUGAAUAUAUGGACAUAUCAAAGCUACAACUAGUUCCUGCUGCUUCCCAGAU